AUGUCCUUGCUGCUGAAUCCCCUCGAAUAUAAUCCAGUCGAAGGGGAAAUGGAUCGUCUUCGUAUAAUGACCACAGAUCUCAAUUCUUACCCGAUGGACGACAUCAAGACUGAGCCGCACAUUUUGAUCAAGCAAGAAUGUCAGCAAUCGCAACAGUCGUUUUUCGUCAAAUCCGAGAUCCAGGACUACGACGAGGUCAACAUCUUGCCUGCGCACACUCCACCAACGCCGCCCGAAGACGUUUCCCUGCCAGUUGUCGGAUCCAACACCAAAUACAUCAGCGGCUCCUCGACCCCUCAGACCCCGGUUUACGAAUGUAGCCUUUACGUCCGAGGGGAAGUGUCAAUGAUUGAAAAAGUGGAAUUUUUUACGAAUCCAAACUGCCCGAAUCCCAGUUACACGAAGGACUACCCCCCUUUCGAGAUGACCGAAAGAAUCACUCAAAACAAAGAAGUCACCGUCCGCCUGUUCUUCAAGACGGAUGCGAGCUUCUGCCCCACAGUUCGUCUCCCAGUCAAAGUCGAUAGCACGAAUAGCGGCUACAUCCACGGCGGAGUCGAAGUGCCAGUAGAGAUCCCCGGCAGCCAGCAAAACGAAAUGAAGGACAAGAAGAUCGCCGAAAUCGCUAAAUGGCUCGAGCAGGACAAGAUGGACGACACGUCGCCCAUUCUCAACCAGGACAUCAAGCAAGAGCCCAUGCAGACGAUCUUCUUGCAGAACACGCCGACCAUCAACGCCGCGCCGAGCAACACGACGAUGCACACGAUCACUGGCACGAACGGCGCGCUCUGGAAAACCUCCUCCGCACCUGCUAGUCCGCUGAGCCAAGUGACGACGCCAAUAGACAAUACGAGAACACGAUCUGCCUCAUCAAGCCCGACUGCCCGGUCACAGACUGUCCUACCAAAUCCGUGCUGCCGCAUCCAACAUUCGUCCUUUCCCUCCCAAGACGAUAACGUGCCCUCCGUUCGCCCCAUUGUCGAAGGAGAACCUACCUACAAACGCCGUCCUGGCCCGAUCAAUCUGAUCCCUGCAAACCCUCCGAAAUUCACGCCGAUCUCAGUUGCCGACAAUCGCACUAUCUUGCACACGAUUAACUCCAUCCCCAGUGAUCGUGUUCACACAGAUCAGAUCAGCACCAUCGGCAUCGAGUCGCUGCCCACGAUCACCCUGUCCGAACAGCCUCAACAACCGCAGCAGAUCUUUUUGACGAGCCAGAACGUCUCGCCAAAAGUGUCGCAAGUGAGGAUCAUCAACGAUGCUGUCCCAACCAUACACAGUACUUCGCUCAAACCCGAGUUCUUCGUCACUCGCACAAACGAUGUUGAUUCCAACACGACAGAGAUCACCGUCGGCCCUCCUCAAACCAUUACACAAGACAACGAUCAUUUGCGAAACCAGCGAUCUGGGCGAAAAUGUAGAAAAGUGUACGGCGUCAGCAACCGAUCGAUGUGGUGCACCGCUUGCCGGUGGAAAAAAGCAUGCAGGCGAUUUCCAUCGCUGUUUACACAGGUUCCCGAGCCCAGUCUGGAGGAGUUACCAAAGGUCGAGCUGCAUGCGCACCUUAACGGCAGCCUCAGUCAAAAUACCAUAUGUAAAUUGGCAGAGUUAAAAGGCUGCAGACCACCAGAUUUUCAAAUAAAAGAAGGAGAAGCAAUCGACCUGGAAAACGUUUUUGAUGUGUUCAAGGCAGUUCAAGAAUUGACGGACUCGGCAGAAGCGGUCGAGUUGGCUGCGUUUUUGACAGCGAGGGAGUUCGCGGAAGAUGGUGUCAAGUAUCUGGAAUCUACGCCAAGAGGAAAGUGGUACGUUGAAGCUGUUUUGCGUGGAAUCGAAAAAGCUGAACAAGGUCAUCCCAAAAUACAAGUUCGUUUCCUCCUCUCAAUCGAUAGAGCACGCGGGGUCGAGCAUGUACAAGCCGUGCUAAGGUUACUCGAUGAAUUCAGCACGCAUAAAUAUGUAGUAGGCAUCGAUGUAUCAGGAAAUCCAGCAAAAGGAGCUGACGCUCAAGAUGCUAUUGUCAAGUGUUUGGAAGAGGUGAAAGCUGGAGGAAGAUUUAAGGGGAUAGCCGCUCAUCUAGGUGAGAGCGAAGAUUCCCUGCUCGAUGCUGAGAGCCUGCUACGCCUUACAGACCGAAUUGGCCACGGUACAUUUAUUGUUGGCGAUUCGAAGCUAAUGGAUCUUGCGCGUGACAAACCCUUUGAGCUCUGUCUCACUUCCAAUAUCAUCAACAGGACACGGGAUUCCUACGAGACCCAUCAUUUCGGUGAUUUAUUCAAGCUGAACCACCCGCUUUGCAUCUGCACAGACGACAAGGGUUUAUUCGGAGCAUCAUUGUCUGACGAAUACAGAAAUAUUGAACGCGCCUUCAAAUUGGGGAAGAAGACUCUUUUCGAUAUCUCAAAGAAAGCUAUAGAAAAACGGGUUGCGAAAGAUUUCAUAAACUUAAGUUCAUAA